AUGGCUCUUUACCAACGUCUGUCACCCGUGCGAGGCGAGCGCGAGCUAGGCAAGGCUCUUGAGAGUACUCAUGGCCUUCUAACCAAACUACCCAGUAGCAAAUAUCAACUGUUGACAUCAAAUGAGGUGCCGUCGUGGUAUGCCCACAACUCUUUCCUUCGCACUGGCUACCGUCCGGUCAACGGGUCAGUCAGGCUCUGCAUUGACAGUUUACAAUACAUUCACAAUGAGACCGUCAAUAUCUACUCUCAUUUAGUGCCAGCCGGAAUCGCCGUGAUUGGCAACUUCCUUCUCCACCUAUACUUCCGCUCCUAUUAUAUAAAUGCGUCUGUCAUGGACCAGAUCGCAUUCCACGUAUACCUAUCCUCCUCGGUUCUUUGCUUUGGAAUAUCAUCCAUGUACCACACGUUGCUCUGCCAUUCAGAGGCCUACGUCGAUAUAUGGGGCCGAUUGGAUUAUGUGGCCAUUGUUCUGCAGACUCUCGGGUCGUUCAUUUCAGGAAUAUACUUUUCCUUUUACUGUGAGCCGGGCCUUCAGAAACUGUAUUGGACCAUGAUUAGCGUUCUAGGGUCCCUAACAGCCACUAUCGUGGUGAGCCCCCGGUUUCAAAGUCCAAAAUGGAGGAUACUGCGACUUUCAACCUUCGUUGCAACAGGGCUCUCUGCAUUUGCGCCAAUCAUACAUGCUGCUACCAUAUUUUCAUAUGCCCAAUUGACCCAGCAGCUUGGCGUGGGUUACUAUCUACUUGAAGGCCUGAUGCUCAUUACUGGAACGAUAUUUUAUGCGGCAUUUUCACCGUGUUUGACUAUGCCUAUGAGAACCUACAAUGUUCAGCUUGACGGAAACUUUGAGAUGGGUCCCUACAGAAGGCUGUUGAACGCAAAGGCUUGGUUACGACAUGUUUUGGUUCAGCUUCCAUUUAUUCCUGUUUCAAUUAUACCUACUUUAUAA